CCGUUUGUUUACAGUACCAGUGAUAACAUCGCUGUCAGUUCGUGUGAUUUUCGCAAAAACCUGAAAUGCAUUACAUGUCGCCAUCUAGAACCACACGGACAGUCUGACGCGAGUAUCUAUAUGCAGUGAAUAAUGUAGCGAACUAAGAGAUAUUAAUAAAAACUUAAGUUAUGUUUUUGGAGGAAACGGUGAUCAAAGGGGUGUGAUGAUUUUUGUUCAGCUCUGAGUCAUCCAAGAUGUCUCACUCUUCCAAGCCUCGAUCCCACCCUUGUGGCCUUUGUGACAAGUCUUUUGCCCAGAUAUCCAUGCUCACUAAGCACCAGCAAGUGCAUACUGAAGACAAGCCCUACAAAUGCCUCUACUGUGACAAGUCUUUUACUCUUUCUUCUCGUCUGGUUCUACAUAAACGCACCCGUGCUGGGGAGAAGCCUCAUACCUGCCGGCUUUGCUCCAAGACCUUCAUCUCGUUGGCCCACCUUGCACUGCACCUGCGCUCACACACUGGAGAGAGGAAGUACAAAUGCAGUGUAUGUUCCAAAAUGUUCAUGCAGUCACCCCAAUUUAUGCGCCACAAGACCAUCCACACUGGUGAGAAACCCUUCAAAUGCCCAGAUUGCAAUAAAUGCUUUGGCCGUGCCUCACACCUAAAAACCCAUCGAAGGCUCCACACUGGUGAAAAACUCUUCAAAUGUACAUUAUGUGAAAGGGCUUUUACGCAAAAGGCCGGACUUAUUAUACACUUGUGCUUGCACACAGGUGAGUGCCCUUUUAAGUGUGACAAGUGUGGUAAGGCCUUCCGCACGUCAUCCCACCUGCUUAACCAUCAGGCUUUGGAGCUGGGCGAGGGCAGGUACAUAUGUGCCACGUGCCACAAGGGCUUCAGUUCAGUGUCCAUGCUAAAACAACACGAGAAAAGCCACCAGGGCAGCAGGAUACUCUGUUGUAGCGUGUGCUCAGGGGCCUUCGCUCAUUCCUCUUAUCUGCAGCUGAAACUGCACUUACAAAACGAAGAGCAGCUCUUCCAUUGCAAGGUGUGCAACAAAAUCUUUGUGAAGUUGUCCACUUUUGAGAAACACUGCAAAAAACAUCAGACAGAGAUGGACGAAUGUGAGGACGAGGAAGUAAAAGAGGAAAAUUCACAUGAUCCCCCAUUUGAGCUGCAUACUGCUGCACCCCCAACACCGUCGACGUCAGAAGUCAACACACGUUCCAAAACAAGAGCCAAAAUUAAGACUACAAUAGAAAACUCAUAAGAAUGUA